GCCGCCGAUCGCGACGAAACAACGUCAGUGUGAAUCAAAAUGGCGAGCGCGACGACGGUCUGCGAGAGUUCGCGGCGCGUUUCGGCUCCGCUCUCGUUUCUCUGAACAGAACGCACGCGAUAAUGUGAUCCACGUGACUCGCGUGAUCGCGAAAUUCAAGGGCCCGGUCGCGCCCAUCUUUUACAACACAGUGCACAAAUACGUCAGCAGGAUACAUAUACGUGCGACCAGCAGGCCAGUGCGAGCGGGACACCCUCCUGCUUCUCGGACGAUCAACACGGGGUGACAUCGACGCGCCAAAUUUCCCCAAGAGCAGCUAAUCAUACAUCCAGAUGACGCGAUGACGCUACAUUGGUGGAUGCAUUGGUUCUGGGUUACCGCGCAAUUUCUUGUUAUUCUCGGGAAUCCCUUGCCGUCUACCACGUCGGAUCCCGUCAAUCAGCCUCAGCCAUCCUCGAGAACGACGUCCCCGUCGACCGAGGAUAUUUAUCGCUCGUCGAAGCCAGCGAGGCCGAGCUUUCGCAUCGCCAAGGCCAUUGGUCUUUAUCCCCAAACGAAUACGGCAGUGGUGGCUGACAGGCAGCAACCCGUCACCACCGUCGUUUCAUCACUGUUGGAGCCACGUGAGAGUAACGGUCUCGGAACGAUCGGUCACGAGGCUAUCAACGAGUCGAGCUUCCACGGGAACAUAUCCGACGUCGUGCCAGUCGGCGUAACGACACCGGCGCAGCGCAUUAUCGAGAGAUUCAGGAACCCAACCACGAAGAAGGACAGUAAGGUCACGUGGAUUUUGACGACGAGCAAGUCGUCGGGUAGACCCAAGUACGAUCAGGAGGAGAGGUACAAUCAGUCGAGCGGCACCGGUAGAAACGUCAGCUUUGACGAGGCCGAGGAUCUCACCGUGUUACCUCUCCAAGAGGAGAUGAAUAAGGCCGACCUGUCGCUAAACAGGACGAGGUCUUCUCUCGUAACAUCUUUAUCCGCGGCCGGUGUUACCGGUAACGCGGCGAUCAGGACGUUCAAUCGUUCCGAGGACGAGGUCGAGAUUGACGAGGAGGUGGCCCAGACGCAACACUUUGCCACAGCGGCGUCUAUUCUUGAAGUUGGCGUGAGCGAAGCCACUCGUCAGAGCAGAACGAGGAACACUUUCAUUACGCAACACUUCCAGAGGGAUCAAAUGCAGGGAGACAAUCGGUCUUCCGAUUAUAUCGAUACUGAUAAUAGCAACAGGGCCGAACAGCAAAGCUUGGGAACAUCCGCCGCGGGUAUAGCCGCUAUAACGGGUAGUUGUUUGGCGACCGUGGCUCUGCUCAGUACAAUGGGUAGUCUCGGGUUUAUUAUAUACAGGCGCAAGUACUUGAAUCCCCCGCAAACAUUGAAUAGCGAUAAAUGCAGCAAUCCCGAUAGUUCCGGUUACAUCGAUGAUUCCACCAUUCGCGAUAACUCGGAAGAAAUGUACAGUUUGGAUAAUGACUCGUUCCUAAAUUCGCUGGAAGCUAUGACAAUACAGAAUUACUGGACGGACAGUGUUAAGCAUACGAAACUAUGACAAAAGAAGAUAACCCAUCCUGGCAGGAGAAUCGAAACGUUCAGCAUUUCCGACGGUGAAGCGCACGAGCAAAUCUCUCUGCUCGAGCAAUAGUACUUACACUAGUCCUUGUGUAUUCUGGUUAUCGCGCGAAAAGUUUUGUCGAAGUUAUGUGCAGCAUUCGUCUACAAGAAUCGUUAAUUAGCCUCAAUGAUCUGCAUCAAGGAAGGUAAGCUACCAUGAACGUUACCAUUGUGUACGAUGAAAAAAUUGUAGAUCAAAAAUUUGCGAGACGACGCGUAUCCGUUCGCGGAUCGUUUCACGCGAGCGUUGAUUUACGUCACUUCCUCUAUAUUUUUCUACGACGCAUGCGAUCAGUAAAGUCGCAAGCUUAAGUGGCGCAAUUAUUCCUCUCAAAUAUUUCCAUUAAUAAUAUAUAGUGCAAUAAAUACACAAAAAUUGAUGUACUUGUGUUAUUAAGUUAAUACAAUAACGCUCCUCUAUUCUGUCUAGAAAAGUAAGAGUACAAAUAAGACUAUAUUAGUCCAUAGCUAGACCUUUCGCUAAAUUAAAAAGAAAGAAAUAAUUUAAUAAGGAUAUUGAAGAAAGAGAGAAAAAAAAGAAUAUAAUAUUCUUAGGAGUACAAUUAUUUAUAUUAUAGUACAAUAUAUUUCCAAUUAUGCGAAAAUGCGAAAAUGCGAAAUUGGAAACAAUAUGUACAAUAUUGUACUUACCAACGUCUUUUUAAUCUUGGAUUGAAUACUAACGUCUUCUACAGUUUCACUUUAAAUUUCAUUACGAUUAUGGUGAUUAGUUCGGCCAUAUUAAUGAAUUGUUUAAAUAUUUUCGAAAAUCGGAUUUACGGAAGAUCGGACCAAAUCGUACGUAGAUCUAGCUUUAUGCCUUCACGACAUAUCCAGCAGGAAUAUUGAUUCCGUUGUUUUCCAUUACAAAUCUAGUUUAUACUAAUGUACAUAUAUAUUGUUGUAACGUUUUAUGUAUAAAUGUCUGUGGCGUUGCGUCUGACGUGAGGCGCGAUUAAUUUUAAGUAGCUUUAGCACAUUUAGUCAGAUAUAUUUCUAUACAUCUGCGAAAGGGAGAAAAAAACAGAGAAAAUACAUUGUGAUAGAUCGUAGGAUUUAAAUAAGUGUAAAAUUAUCCGGUUCGUUUAUGGUAACGGUUGUGAAUAAAACACGUAUGUAUUAUAGAUUAACUGCCACCGUCCCAUUUCUUUAUCCGUAAGCUUUAUUUGCAAGUGUAUUUCCGAUUGUUUCAAUUUCAAUCAAUAAUGAAUAAUAAUCGUUGAAAUUUUUAUGAGUUUAGAUUUAUAAUUGCUUUUUAUUUAACAUUAAUGUAUAAGCGUAUAGUUUUUACCCACAAAAAUUGUUCAAAUUCAAAAAAAUUCAGAUACAAUAAACUAAAACUAUAAUUUAUAA